CCGUUGAUACAAUCUCCAGCAAGUAUUAGUUAAUGGCUUUAAGAUUUGAAACAAAAGUCAUCAUCAUCACCUUGGUGAUGAUACUAGGAAUUAUGAAAUUUCCAGCCAUGUCGCGCACACUUCAAGACACUUAUGUUGCCGAGAAACACCAAGAAUGGAUGAUUAAAUAUGGGCGUGUUUACAAUGAUAACGCAGAGAAGGAAAUUCGUUUUAAGAUAUUCAAUGAUAAUAUCGUAUUUUUAGAAAAUUUUAAAAUUACAGAAAAUUUUAUUUAUCAAUUAACUCUUAAUGAAUUUGCAGAUAUGACUAACGAAGAAUUUUUAGCAUUUCAUGCAGGAUUUAAGAUAUCAAUACAGUCCAUAGGAAUGCACCGAACAAAUUCAUUCAGAUAUAAAAACUCAACUGAUGUUCCACUUAAUAUCAAUUGGGUUAAACAAGGAGCUGUCACCAAAGUUAAGGACCAAAGUCUUUGUGGAUGUUGUUGGGCAUUUUCAGCAGUGGCAGCAAUUGAAGGUAUUAUCCAAAUCAAAACAGGCAAAUUAGUAUCGUUGUCUGAACAAGAACUAGUAGAUUGUGUAUCAAAAAGUGAUGGAUGUUCUGGUGGUUGGAUGAAUUAUGCAUUCGAGUACGUAAAAGAAAAUGGCAUCACCACUGAAGAAAAUUACGAAUACAAGGCAAAUGAUGGACAUUGCAACUCGAUAAAAUCCAUCAUCCCAGCUGCCAAUAUCACAAAUUAUGAAAACGUACCACAAAAUGAUGAGAGAGCAUUACAGCAAGCUGUAGCAAAACAGCCUGUCUCAGUUGCUAUUGAUGCCCGUGGAAGUGAGUUUCAGUUUUAUUCAAGUGGGAUUUUUAAUGGAGUUUGUGGAAAUUCACUGACUCAUGCAGUAACCAUAGUAGGUUAUGGAAGUGAAAAAGGAAUAGAUUAUUGGUUAAUUAAGAAUUCAUGGGGUAAAACAUGGGGUGAUGCUGGCUACAUGAAGAUUAAAAGAAAUGGUGGUGUACCAGGAGGACUCUGCGGUAUUGCAAUGCAAGCUUCCUAUCCAAUUGCUUAAUUAAGCUAACAUAUUACAUAUAUUUAUGUAAACAUAAGUACCUUCUAAUAAGUAUGUGGUAAGCCAAUUGCUGAUUGAUCUUGUUCUUUUACUUAGUGAAUUUAUAAAAACAGAAACAAUAAACAUAUAACACAAGAAAACACGUAAUGAAAUGCCA